GUUCGUUACUUACAUUCCUUAGAGUAGUUCCAGUUUUGCUUUAGUUGGAAAUUAAACAAGACUUAAGCGCAAAAUUUCCAACAUGAAGGUAUUCAUCUGUAUUUUGGCUGUUAUGGCAACUACUUGCUCUGCCGGUUUAUUGGCUGGCAUUCUUGAAGGUGGUAACAGUGGCGGUAGUGGUGGUUAUGGUUAUGGUGCAGGAGGCCAUGGCGGUCAUGAUGGUGGCCAAGUUCACACAGUUGUAGUUCACCACGAAGAAGGUGGCCAUGGAGGUCAUGGUGGCUUCUCUGGUGGUUUUGAUCAUGGUCAUGAAGAAGUCAAAACCGUUAAAGUAAUCCACGAAGAAGGUGGUCAUGGUGGUUUCUCUGGUGGUCAUGUUGAACAAUUCCACGGUGGUCAUCAAGAAGUUAAAACUGUUAAAGUGAUCCACGAAGAAGGCGGUCAUGGCGGUUUCUCUGGUGGUCAUGUUGAACAAUUCCAUGGUGGUCAUCAAGAAGUUAAAACUGUUAAAGUAAUCCACGAAGAAGGUGGACAUGGUGGUUUCUCCGGCGGUCACUUCGAACAUGGUCAUGGUGGUCACGAAGAAGUUAAAACUGUUAAAGUAAUCCAUGAAGAAGGUGGUCAUGGAGGUUUCUCUGGUGGUCACGGUGGUCAUCAUGAAGUUAAAACUGUUAAAGUAAUUCAUGAAGAAGGUGGUCAUGGAGGUUUCUCUGGCGGUCAUUUCGAACAUGGUCAUGGCGGUCACGAAGAAGUUAAAACUGUUAAAGUAAUUCACGAAGAAGGUGGCCAUUCUCACGGUGGUCACUUCGAACAUGGUGGACAUCAAGAAGUAAAAACUGUUAAAGUAAUCCACGAAGAAGGUGGUCAUGGCGGUUUCUCCGGCGGUCAUUUCGAGCAUGGUCACGGUGGUCACGAAGAAGUUAAAACCGUUAAAGUAAUUCACGAAGAAGGUGGUCAUGGCGGUUUCUCCGGCGGUCAUAUUGAACAUGGUGGCCACCAAGAAGUUAAAACCGUUAAAGUCAUCCACGAAGAAGGUGGUCAUUCCCAUGGCGGUUUCUCCGGCGGUCAUCAAGAAGUUAAAACUGUUAAGGUAAUCCACGAAGAAGGUGGUCAUGGAGGUUUCUCCGGCGGUCAUCAAGAGGUUAAAACUGUUAAGGUAAUCCACGAAGAAGGUGGUCAUGGAGGUUUCUCCGGUGGUCACUUCGAACAUGGUCAUGGUGGUCAUCAAGAAGUUAAAACCAUUAAAGUAUUCCACGAAGAAGGUGGUCAUGGUGGUUUCUCCGGCGGUCAUGUUGAACAUUUUGGUGGUCACCAAGAAGUUAAAACCGUCAAAGUAAUUCAUGAAGAUGUUGGUCACUCCCAUGGUGGUUUCUCCGGCGGUCAUUUUGAACAUGGCCAUGGCGGUCAUCGAGAAGUUAAAACCAUUAAAGUAUUCCACGAACAAGGUGGUCAUUCUCACGGAUGGAAUUAAGCACUUUGUGGUUGGCUAUGUUAGCCACAUGUGAUUAAUCUAGUCUCUAUGUAAAAACUGUAGAAUCAUUACCGUUAUUGUUAUUUAGUAUGUAAUAUGAACUGUUUAGGAUUAAGUUAAAAAAAAUAAAUUAUAUAUAAUUAAAA